AUGAACCAGCUUUCAGCCGGGCCAAGCACUCUCUACUCCUUCCAGUUCGCCCAAGACGUUCCGAUCCAGCCAUUUCAGUUCUUCCAGAACUCACAAUAUCUUAAUGACGUCCCAGCCACACCGAAUAGAGAAUGCGAGGCCGUACCUGCACCGUUGUUUCCUAUUGAAAGAGGGUUGUCUGCGCGCGGGAGGGAGAAGUUGCCCGCGAGUAUUGAGCAAGAUGCUUCCGCACUUGCGGAAGGAUUGAAGGCGGAUUUAUCCUCCAACCUGGAGGAGAAGAAGCAAGAAGAGGAGCGCAGGGAGAAAGAGACAAAGGCGUUAACAGAUUUGACGGGAGAAGUGGAGAAGGUCAUUCGAAAGGUGUACCAUCUUUCCAAUCCGGGUACAUAUUGGGGAUGCAAGGGCAAGGAAACCAGGGAGAGAGAGGACGAUGCGUCCACCACUGCUGUUGCCCGCUCGGAGCAGGAACGAGAGGCUAUUGCUAAAAGUGACGAGUUGAUGCACAGUCAUUCGAACAGUCAGAAUUUCAAGAGCGAUUCUCACAAUGUCGCACUCGUUACCAAUCCUUCGACGGCGAUUCAAGAUCCGCUGGCCAAGAAGAAGGCCAUCCAAGCUUGGAUCGCCGACGUUCACGUUCAGUGCAAUGGCGAAACCGACCUUCCAGCUCCCCAAUGGGCCACGAAGAUUGGCAGCUCACCUUGCUCCGACGCGGAUCGCAGCAGCUACGAAGACACCCUUGUUGGGGACGAAUCCAUUGUACCUGAGAAGUUAGCAGGGGAUGAAAACGUGGAAGACGAUAUCGAACGAAUGUCACUUACUGCUGAAAUACCCAUGGGCGCAUACAUCACCGAGCUCGUUCGUCGCACCGCAAUCAGUGUCAGUCAGCUCAAGGUUGCCGCCUGUUACCUUAUUGCACUUAAUCCAACUAUCCAAACUCUGCUGGACACGAAGAGAAAGGCAGCCACCGUGAUUGCCGCCGGCUUCCCUGUCAACAACUAUACUGUAUCACCUCUUUUGUGCGCCCGCCGCACUCUCGUAUCCUGUCUCAUCAUGGCCUCUAAGUUCCUUGGUGAUAAUGUCUACACCAUGAAGGCCUGGUCCCGCAUCACCGGCAUGGAGGCCCCCGAUCUCGUUCAGUGCGAGUGUGCCAUUGGCGUUGCGCUUGGAUGGAGAAUGUGGGUCGGAGCGAACAUCAACAACUUGAAGAACGACGUUUUUACGCGUACGCUUGCCCAGGCAAAAGCCCCUAUCCCAACACCCCCAGAGCUCGUUGUGCCGCAGGCUAGCGCCUGUGCGCAGCUUUCCGUACAGGUGCUCCAAACUGUCCUCCCAGUCGUACCUGCAGCGUACGGCGAACCGCGCAGUGCGCCGAAGGAAACAACCGUCACGAAGAAGCGCUCCAGAGCUCUUACCAGUACCGGCUCCGACAGGGAAAUCGACCUACGCGUUCACAAAAAGAAAGUUGUCGAGCGCUUCUCUCUCCCAAUGGGAAGGCCUAUUGGCUGCGCAACUGGGAUGGUGAUGCCAGAGCAGGUUGAAGAGCACCGCCUGAUGGCAGAGGCCUACUAG